UCCCCUGGCUGGCUGCUCACCAGCUCCUCUGUCCCAGCAGAAGACAAGAGCGACCCUGACAGCAAAGCCAAAUCUGCCAAAAGUACCAAGAAGGAGCCAAUGUCCGUGUUCCAGGUGAAGAAGGAGAAGAAAAACAAGAAGAAAGCCUCCACCAGCAGUGAUGAGGAGGAUGAUUCCGACUCCAGCACCAAACCCAUUAGGUCAGAGAAGAAGAAAAACCCAGCAUCCCUCUUUCAGACUGGUGGGGACCCCCCAAAAGAGAAAAAAUCCAAAAAGAAAGCAGUUCCUCCCAAAGGAGCUGAGAGUGAGGAGGAGACCCCAGAGACCCUGCAGAAAAACUCCAACAAGAAGGGAAAAGCAAAGAAAUCAAAGAAGAAGGAGGAGAGGCCCCCGUCCCCUGUCAUCGAGGUGGACAACCUGGAGGAGUUCGUGCUGCAGCCGGCGCCGCAGGGCGUGACCGUCAAGUGCCGGGUGACACGGGACAAGAGGGGCAUGGACCGGGGGCUUUACCCCACCUACUACCUUCACCUGGACAAUGACAAGAAGGUGUUCCUCCUUGCUGGGAGAAAGCGUAAGAAGAGCAAAACCUCCAACUACCUCAUCUCCAUCGACCCCACUGACCUGUCACGGGGUGGAGAGAACUUCAUCGGGAAGCUGAGAUCCAACCUGAUGGGCACGAGGUUCACCGUGUUCGACAACGGCGCCAACCCCGACCGGGCCAACGCUGACUGGUCCAACGUGCGGCAGGAGCUCUCGGCCGUGGUCUACGAGACCAACGUUUUAGGGUUCAAAGGCCCCCGGAAGAUGACUGUCAUCAUCCCUGGGAUGAAUGCUGACUGUGAGAGGGUGCCCAUCCGGCCCCGGAACGAUAACGACGGCCUCUUGAUGCGAUGGCAGAACAGGAACAUGGACAACGUGAUCGAGCUGCACAACAAAGCCCCGGUGUGGAACGACGAGACCCAAUCCUACGUCCUCAAUUUCCACGGCCGGGUCACCCACGCCUCUGUCAAAAACUUCCAGAUUGUGCACAGCAGUGACCCUGACUACAUCGUGAUGCAGUUUGGGCGUGUGGCAGACGACGCCUUCACCAUGGACUACAGCUACCCCCUGUGUGCCGUGCAGGCCUUCGCCAUCGCCCUCUCCAGCUUCGACGGGAAGCUGGCCUGCGAGUAGCUCCUGCUCC